UGGAGGAGGGGGCGGGGAGAGGGGGAGAUAUGAAAUCUCUGAAUCUCCCAGAAGAGAACCCAGGCGUCCUGGCUCCCAGCCCCCUCCCCGCCUUCCCCUCCCAACAGCACUUUGGGGUGAAUUCGCUGUUCUGGUUUCCCCAGGAGCCCCCGUGUCUCCCCAUCACACCCCAGCCCGGGUCUGUCUGUCUGUCCGCCCAACCCCGCCCCCUCUGGACCCGCCCCCCGCUCCAGGAUCCCGCCCCCCCGCCGAUCCUCCGGCUCCUCGUCCCGCCAGGCGCGAUCCCGCCAGCGACUUGUUGCCGGCGAGAAGGGAGCAGGGCGCAUGCAUGUCCGGCCGGGGCGGGGGUCGGGAGAAGCCCCCGGUGCCGAUCCGCGAGCACAUGGCCAUCGACGUGUGCCCCGGCCCCAUCCGGCCCAUCCGCCAGAUCUCCGACUACUUCCCGCGCCGCAGCCCCGGGGAGGGCCCCGCGCAGGACGGGGGGGGGCCCUGCCGUCCGCCCGCCCCCCUCGACACCCCCCCCGGCUCGGCGCCCGCAGACCAGGGCUACGAGGCCGACAGCUACGACUCGGAUGACACCACGGCUCUGGGGACCCUGGAGUUUGACCUGCUCUAUGACCCCGAGAGCUGCACCCUGCACUGCACCAUCCUCCGGGCCAAGGGGCUGAAGCCGAUGGAUUUUAAUGGUCUGGCCGAUCCCUACGUCAAACUUCACCUGCUGCCGGGGGCCUGCAAGGCCAACAAGCUGAAGACGCGAACGCAGCGGAACACCCUGAACCCCGUGUGGAACGAGGGGCUGACGUACACGGGCAUCACGGGGGAGGACAUGGCCCGGAAAACCCUGCGGGUCUCAGUCUGUGACGAGGACAAGCUGACCCAUAACGAGUUCAUCGGGGAGACCCGGGUGCCGCUCCGGCGUCUGAAGCCUUCCCAGAAGAAGCAUUUCAACAUCUGCCUGGAACCCCAGAUCCCGGUGAGACCCCCCGGCCCCUCCCCCAGCCAGAUGUGCCCUGCUGGACGGUCCAGAUCCCUUAUGGAAGCGGUGGAACCCUAUAUCCCGUCCCCAGCAACUGCCCAGAACCACUCCAUCAAGCUAAAUGGAAAGCCCUGCCCCUCGAGACAUCCAUCCGUGUGCAUGACGGUCCCCCGAAGGUCAACCAUGACUGUUGAUGGGACGCGGCUCCACCGUACUGCAUCAAUGAUGGGUAACCUGACAUGGGAUCCAGAAUGGCACUACGGCAGUAAGUAUCUCGAGGAGUGGCUACAGGCCCUGCAGGCGAAAAUCGAGGAGUUGGUGUCCGAGGCCCAGAGGCAUAUUGGGGAAGGCCAUCUGACGUACAUUCAGAUAGGGAAAACCACGGACUGGGCCCAUGUGAAGCACUCGAAGGGAAAGAACCAGGCCGUGGAUUAUGGGCGAUGCCAUCUCAGGUGA